UCAACAGUAAUAUCGCGUUGAAUAAGGAGUAAGUGCGGAUUAGAAAGUGAUAAUUAUUUUUGUGCGUGGAAGUGUUAUUAAAAAAAGGGUUCACUCAUGAAAAUGUCCUUUUCUAGUGACCACGGUCCGUGGGAUGCUGGAAGUCAGGGUGAGUUUCCUGGUUAUCCUAAUGAAAUAAAUGGUUAUGGAGGCCUAUGGGAUCCUCACCACUUCUCUGGACAAAAUCCAGCCCUUGGAGGUUAUCCGGACAUAUUAACAGCAUUUAAUUCAGAUUUAGUUUGGCCUCGUCAGCAAUGUGGUUCCUUAGUCUCUAAUCGUAUUGGGCGCAAUGGAGGCUCAAACGGAAGCCAUUCUAGCAAGAAACCACGGCGCCGGGUAGCUACAUUGGCUCAGAGGAGAGCAGCAAAUAUCCGAGAGCGACGAAGAAUGUUUAAUCUAAAUGAAGCUUUUGAUAAACUUAGGAGAAAGGUGCCGACUUUUGCGUAUGAAAAACGACUAUCUCGCAUCGAGACCCUUAGAUUAGCCAUUACCUAUAUUAGUUUUAUGACAGAACUUCUGCAUGGACAUCCCUUGGAUCAUAAGGGUGGAGAUGUUUAUCCGCCAAGAGAUUACAUUCCUUAUGGAAUAAUUAACUAAUCAUUAAUUUAUAUCUCUUACGUAUAGCAAUAAAACUACGAAUAAUGUGCAAUAUGAAAAUAUUUAUACAUAUAAUUAACGCCUCAUUAGAAAGCUAGGAAUAGAGCUACUAUGAUAAAUAUAGUCAGUAUUGCUACUAUUAAGUCUUCCAAAAUAAUUAUUGUCUUCCAAUUAUUUGUAGCUAUCUAUGAUAUGCA